CAUCAAUAUUGCUUCCCUUAUUGAGGCAGUGUUGGUUUACUAGCUAGUGAAAAUAACCAAUAAUUGAUUUAUUCAUAUGCUCAUUCCGCAUGAAUAGUAUUAUUAGAGAUCACGACUACAGUUUCAGAGAUAUGAAAAGUUUGACAGGCCUUGCCACUUUUUCAUCGUGUUUAAAAACAAGCGCCUCAGGCGGUGUUUGCCCACCCUGACGGCGCCCCCUCCUCCUCAGUGACAUACACGCUCCGGUCCCAAAGCUUCAUCAAAUGCUGCUUGCCCAACUCCCCGCUCCUCACACAAACAAUUGAAGUCAUUUCCAGUUCGUCUUUAAAACGAUCCCACAGGUGUUUUAAUGUCCCGUCGAGAAAAGCUUUCAGCGCAAUGGAGUUACCCGACAGACAGUGUUUGGGAAGAGUCCUGAUCGUGACUGCUGCGCUCCUGUCACCUGCGUUCACGGUACUGGGCAAUGACAUCCUUGGCCUGAAGGUGGCAGGAGAGCCAGUGCUUACCCCCAACGCAGUGUGUUUACGACUGGCAGGCCUGACCAAAAAACAGAUGCGUCUGUGUGUGCGCAGCCCUGAUGUCACAGCCUCUGCUCUGCAGGGCAUUCAGGUUGCUAUUCACGAAUGCCAACACCAGCUCAGAGACCAGCGCUGGAACUGCUCCUCCUUGGAGAACCAUGGCAAGUUGCCCCAUCAGAGUGCCAUUCUCAACAGGGGUUUCCGAGAGAGCGCCUUCUCGCUGUCGCUGCUGGCUGCAGGUGUCGUGCACUCGGUGGCUUCGGCCUGCAGCCUCGGUAAGUUGCGCGGGUGUGGCUGCGAGGCUAAACGUCACCUGGACGAUGACAAAAUCCGUCUCAAGUUAACCCAGCUCCAGCUUCAGACUUUUCAGAGGAGUGGAGUGUCCAUAGCAGGUGCAGGAGAGAACACACCCGAGUUCGGUUCACUCAACAGCGGCCUGCCGGCCAAUCUGCGCUCAUCCCACCCCGUCAGUCUCCUCAAACCCUUACCGGAUGAGGUCACGACAUUACAGGACACCUGGGAGUGGGGAGGCUGUAGUCACGAUGUUCGUUUUGGCGUACGGUUCUCUAGGGAUUGGUUGGAUUCCAGAGGAUCUCCUCGCGAUAUACACGCUCGUAUGCGGAUUCAUAAUAAUAGAGUGGGCAGACAGGUAGUCACUGACAACAUGAGAAGAAAGUGCAAGUGCCAUGGCACAUCAGGCAGCUGCCAGUUCAAGACCUGCUGGUAUGUUUCUCCUGAAUUCCGGCUGGUGGGAUCACUGCUACGGGAGAAAUUUCUGACCGCCAUCUUCAUAAACUCUCAGAACAAGAACAGCGGAGUGUUCAACUCUCGAAUUGGUGGGAGCACCGGCUCAGAUCAGCUCAGAGGCCGGCGACGCAGCAUCGCCCGUGAGUUAGUGUACUUCGAGAAGUCCCCUGACUUCUGCGACCGCGAGCCCGCGGUGGAUUCGCUAGGCACUCAGGGUCGCAUCUGCAACAAGAGCAGCUCCGACAUGGACGGCUGCGGGUCGCUGUGCUGCGGCCGCGGACACAACAUCCUCAAACAGGCACGCAGCGAACGGUGUAACUGCCGCUUUCACUGGUGCUGCUACGUGCUCUGCGAGGAGUGCAGGGUUUCGGAGUGGGUUAAUGUGUGCAAGUGAACGACCCACCUUGGUCCAAAUCCCCAUUUCCUUGUUUUUGGACCAGGAGACAGCAACCUGUACCCUGCCAUACCGAAUGUGACUGCAUGUGUGUUUUGCUCUCCCACCGUGUGUGUGUUUAUCCAUUUCUCUCCUUCUUUUAACCUCCAUCAUCUGGGAUCCAUUUGCGUUGUGUUGCUGUUGUUAUUCUCAAAAUGCCAAGUCAGAGAUUGAGGAGGAGGUGACUCAUGUCAUUUGUCUUUUUUUCCUCACUUGGAAUCUUCAACCUCCAGAACCAAGCAAAUGGCCCAAACGCCAUGUGCACUCCUCCAAAUAACAAGGCACAACAGCAGGAACAAAUUAUUCCUGCAAAAUAUACGGUCUACCUUUUUUCAAAAGUGCACUUAAUGUAUAUUCCUUACUUCGGCGAAAUGUUUGAGAAGUUUAUGUUGUAAUCAUUUAUGAUGGUGAAAUACCAUCCAAGUUGGGUUGAGGUUUCAAAACACUGUAUCUUGCAGCAUUAUGAUCUUUGCCCACAUUGAUCACGAGGAAUCAAUGGCUGUGAUAAUCCAAGGGAACUUUUCACUGCCAUUUCAUUAGAUGUUUUAGAGAAACUUUCGCUGGAGCAAAUCUUGGCCAUCGACAGAGAAUGUGCCUUGCUUAGGGGUCUGAGUUUGGUUGGUUUUUAUGAAAACCAGGACAAUUGUGAAGUUGAUAUGCUGUGUAACCUCAUCCUAACCUUUAUAGAGACAGACCAAUCAGAGAAUGGAGAUGGAUAGAGUGAAGGAACGACUGGAGAACACUUGUGCCUCCCGUGGAUUUUUUGCAGCUGAUUAAAAACAGUCACAUCUCAUCUCAUACUGCUGAACAAUAUUGGAUGCCAGAUGCCUUUGAUGCAUGAAUGGAAGACAUUCAUACUCUAAAGUCCUGUGUUAAAGUGUAUUUAAACAGUUGCCAUUACAAUCUUAUUGCAGUGAAAUUAAUGUAUACGAAUGAAUUUUUCAUUUUGAUCAUGCAAUGCUUAGGAAAUCAAAUUAAUUAUAUGGAUAAAUUAACUUUCAUAUAUUGCCACCUUCUGCAUUUUUAAGGAGAGUCUAGAGCAUUUAUUGUUGUAAUAUGUUGUACAAUGUUUAAAAAAAGCCUCAAUUUUUUUUCUUAAAGUGAUAGUUCACCCAAAAAUGAAAAUUCUGUCAUCAUUUACUCACCCUCAUGUCAUUCUACACCUGUACGAAUUUCUUUCUUCUGCUGAACGCAAAAGAAGAUAUUUUAAAGAACUUGAGUAACCAAACAGUUGAUGGAAAAAAUAUCAACUCUUUGGUUAUUUACAUUCUUCAAAACAUCUUCUUUUGUGUUCUUCAGACGAAAGAAACUCAUACAGGUUUGGAACAAUUUGAGGGUGAGUAAAUCAUUUUUGGAUGAACUAUACUUUUAAGAAACCUUUCUUGGUUUAUUGUGUGCAUAAUCACACUGGUUUUAGAACCAGGAAAGAGAGGUCAUAGAUCGGCGUAUUAGAUAUAAUUCUUCUCUUCUGGAGAUUUUUUUUGACCGAAUCUGACCUCUCAUAAUGGGCAACAGGGAUAGGCUUUCAUAAGAGUUCUAUAAGCAGAUUAAGGCAUGAACCUGUCUUAUAGGGAUCAGCUGUCCAAAGUUGUGCCAUGUGCUGCUGAGUACUGUUUGUCCUUGUCUGUGAAUCUGCAUCUGCAGCUGUCAGAGACUGGACCACUGUGUGAUUUCCUAACUAAACACAGGCGCACUUCUGAUGUCUACGCUCUGUCUGAGUUCUUUGAGUGCAUAACAUUCACAAACAUCUUAGGAAUAAAUGAGUUUUUCUGUCUGAUUCCACGAGACUCUAAUGAGGAUGCACUGUGGCGGCUGUCGAUUGAGUGAAGUGACCACCCACGGUCCGCUGGCUUUAUCGAACUCACUUCUUGUGGUAUUUCCUCUGGCAAUAAAGAUGGGAGUGAAAGAGAACUAGAGAAA